UUUACAGGGCUGAAGCGCCGCAGGCUCAGAGUGCUGCACUCACCAACCAUGGCAACUUUUGUGGAACUCAGUACCAAGGCCAAAAUGCCCAUCGUGGGCCUGGGCACCUGGCAGUCUCCCCUAGGUCAGGUCAAAGAAGCUGUGAAGUUGGCCAUCGACACAGGCUAUCGCCACAUUGACUGUGCCUAUGUCUACAAGAACGAGAAUGAGGUGGGCGAGGCCAUCCAAGAGAAGAUCCAAGAGAAGGCUGUGAAGAGGGAGGACCUCUUCAUUGUCAGCAAGUUAUGGUCCACCUUCUUUGAGAAACCCCUAGUGAAGCAAGCAUGUCAGAAGACCCUUAAGGAUCUGAAACUGGAUUAUUUGGACCUCUAUCUUAUCCACUGGCCACAAGGAUUACAGGCCGGGGAGGUCUUUGUACCCAGAGAUGAUAAAGGCAAUAUCAUUCCUAGUAAAUUCACAUUCUUGGAUGCCUGGGAGGCUAUGGAAGAACUGGUGGAUGAGGGAUUGGUGAAAGCCCUUGGGGUCUCCAACUUCAACCACCUCCAGAUUGAGAAGAUCUUAAACAAACCUGGACUGAAAUACAAACCAGUGACUAACCAGGUUGAGUGUCAUCCCUACCUCACCCAGGACAAGCUGAUCCAGUACUGCAAAUCCAAGGGCAUUGUGCUAACUGCUUACAGCCCUCUGGGCUCCCCCAAUAGACCUGGAGCCAAGCCAGGUGAACCUUCCCUGCUGGAGGAUCCCAAAAUAAAGGAGAUUGCUGCAAAGCAUAAUAAGACUACAGCCCAGAUUCUGAUCCGGUUCCAUGUCCAGAGGAAUGUGGUCACAAUCCCCAAGUCUGUGACCCCUUCACGCAUCAUUGCCAAUUUUCAGGUCUUUGACUUUAAAUUGAGUGAUGAAGACAUGGCGAUAAUAUCAAACUUCAACAGAAACUGGAGGUUCUGCAACAUAGAAGGCACGUCACAGUUAAAAGAGUACCCCUUCCAUGAAGAAUAUUAAAGCUGAAUCUCUGACAUGAUGAUGAUCCUGCAGAAUCUCCACCCCACCCCUUCUGACCUAAAGCGUAAUCCUCUAACAGAGAAUUACAAGUUUUCUUCAAGCAAAACUUGAGGUCCUCAGCUGUGUCGCUUCUAGACAGAUCUGGUCAAUCCAGAGUAAACUUGGACAGGAAAAUUUAACUCAGAAAAUCAAAUCCAGGUUAUUUUUUAUUCUCCCUCCCACCCACUAUUUGUUUGACUGACUAUAAAAACUAUUUGGAUCAAGGUCACAAAGAGUAAAAAGAAUAAAUAAUAUUAAUGACCAA